AUGAGUGAGACAGCUAUCUCUUUCGCCAAGGAUUUCUUGGCUGGCGGCAUUUCCGCAGCUAUCUCCAAAACAGCCGUCGCACCAAUCGAGAGAGUGAAGCUUCUCCUUCAGGUGCAACAUGCCAGCAAGCAGAUCACAGCAGAUAAGCAGUAUAAGGGAAUUGUGGACUGUGUCGUCCGUAUCCCCAAGGAGCAGGGCUUCCUUUCCUUCUGGAGAGGUAACCUUGCCAAUGUCAUCAGGUAUUUCCCCACCCAGGCCCUCAACUUCGCCUUCAAGGACAAGUACAAGAAGAUCUUCCUGGACGGUGUUGACAAGCGCGCUCAGUUCUGGAGGUACUUCGCCGGCAACUUGGCGUCGGGUGGCGCCGCCGGAGCCACCUCCCUGUGCUUCGUGUACCCACUGGACUUCGCCCGUACCCGUCUGGCGGCCGAUGUCGGAAAGGCCGGCGCCGGGAGAGAAUUCAACGGUCUCGGCGAUUGCCUGGUCAAGAUCUUCAAGUCCGACGGUCUGCGCGGGUUGUAUCAGGGUUUCAACGUGUCCGUGCAGGGCAUCAUCAUCUACAGGGCCGCUUACUUUGGCAUCUACGACACCGCUAAAGGUAUGUUGCCCGACCCCAAGAACACUCACAUUCUGGUGAGCUGGAUGAUCGCCCAGACUGUGACAGCCGUCGCUGGCCUGACCUCCUACCCCUUCGACACUGUCCGUAGACGUAUGAUGAUGCAGUCUGGUCGCAAAGGAGCCGACAUCAUGUACAGCGGCACCAUCGACUGCUGGCGUAAGAUCGCCCGCGACGAGGGCGGCAAGGCCUUCUUCAAGGGCGCCUGGUCUAACGUGCUGCGAGGCAUGGGCGGCGCCUUCGUGCUGGUGUUGUACGAUGAGCUGAAGAAGGUCAUCUAA